CCAUUAGCCUACCUUUGGCCCCAGCUGUAGGCAGCUGCCUAGGUUGCCUUGUACCUAGGCAAGUGUUACACUGCUGGGAGAACAGCAGCGGAUAGCUGGUUGGCAUUCUGGGCCUGGUUCAUGCCAACUCUGUUGUUUACUGUACCAGGAUGCCAGCAUAGUUGUUUGUCCAUUAAGGUUAAAUCUGCAAGAGCACAACUUUGCAGGGAGAAACCUAAAAAUCCAGACCUUUCUGAGUGAUUCUGGUUCAACAGGUUUGGCUAGUAUGAAGUUACUUGAAUCAUACCUGGGAAACAGAACAAAGGAUGACUUGAAAGUAGGGCAUCUUUGGCCCUCCUGAAGAGAGGCAGUUAGUGGCAGAUGGAUAGUCUGUGUAUGGAGUUCUCAGGUAAAUGUCCCUAUGCAUUCCAACAUUGACUACCUCCUGUGUGCCAGGCCUGUUUGCUAGUUGGUGUCUAUCAGAAAACAGUUGGGAGGCAAAAUCAUGUAUAUUUGCCCCCAAGAAAUUCAGCCUCUAGUCAGUGAAAGGCUGAGUGGGAUUUUGGUCGUUAUGCUCUGAAGGCACCUAAAAUCUUUGAGAUUAUCUGUAUCAUUCCAUCUGAGGGAUUUAUGGGGAGAUUGUAAAUUUCAUAAGGGAAAGGAGAGUAUAUCUUGGCUUGUUCACUGCUAGAUCCCAAUCACAGUGCCUGGCACAUCGCAGGAGCUCCCUGAAUGUUGGAUAAAAUGACUGAAGGUAUGGGAAAGGGAUUCCUGUUUCUUACUUGUUUAAAGGAUUUGGCAGCAGAGUCUGCAAUCAGUGCCUCCAGGUCUCUGUUUUGCAGUCAAUAUUCAAUUCAUGGGGAUACCUAUAUCCAUGUCUUCUAUGUGGAGUGCCUGAGUGUCUGAAAUAAAGCUGUUUCAGGAAUCAUCCAGCAGUUGUCAGCUAUCCAGGCUAGUGUGAUGCCUCGGAUGGUGUUACACUGGUGGAAGAGUAAACGCUGCCUUUAUUGAGGUCUGGCUCCAGCACUGUUUUGGUGUUAUGGCUGAGUACCUUUGGGCAGCGUUUUGCACCUCUGAGAGUGGAAUAACUCCUCCUGUGGAGUUGGUCCUAGUCUGGGUGCAAACAAUUUAUUUCUGUUAGAAAAGGACCCUGUCUUAGGGACAGCCUAUCAUUCCUUUACUCUUUGAAUCCUAGAUGCCUUCACCUGUGUGAGAAACCUGCCUCCAUCAGGACCUCAGAUAUCUGACAGCCCUGUGUGACACCAAGAUAAGUAAUGGUUGAAAGAAACUACAGUCAAGGGGCUGUUGCAUUUAAAUUUUGGAUCAUGUCUCAAAUUUUAAUCAGGAAAAUAAAACCCCAGAGGAAUAAAUUCUGCAGGCACCAAAGGCACAUAAAAAGGUGGCUCAGUGCCUAGGAAUUCACACAAAGGAAAACAACCGGGAUAUUCAUGUAAAUAUACUGCAGGACGUGUGGCACUGUAGAAUAUUGACAUUUACUGCACAUUGACCAUGUGCAAGAACUACUAAAUUCAUUCUACACAUCUCCUAAUCCUCUCAACAGCUCUACAAGCAGCUGAAGGCACUCCGCAACACACUUUUACCAUUAUCCUUAGGAUCAAGAUGUGGGCUAGAUAUUGAAUCCAGAGUUGUCUGCUGUUUCUCAGCUUGAAGAAGAUUCUACAGUCCUUAUUGAUCCUUUUUCUUGGCGUUACCAUUUUUUGAAGCAAAGUUAACCUAGUUUUCUAGUUUGAGCUUUCUUUUUGGCCAUCUUUAAAAAAAUUUUUUUUUAAAUCUAUAAACUAGACACGAGAUAGUUCUACAAUGUCCAAGUCAUUCCAGCAGUCAUCUCUCGGUAGGGACUCGCAGGGUCAUGGGCGUGACCUGUCUGCAGCAGGAAUAGGCCUUCUUGCUGCUGCUACCCAGUCUUUAAGUAUGCCAGCAUCUCUUGGAAGGAUGAACCAGGGUACUGCACGCCUUGCUAGUUUAAUGAAUCUUGGAAUGAGUUCUUCAUUGAAUCAACAAGGAGCUCAUAGUGCACUGUCUUCUGCUAGUACUUCUUCCCAUAAUUUGCAGUCUAUAUUUAACAUUGGAAGUAGAGGUCCACUCCCUUUGUCUUCUCAACACCGUGGAGAUGCAGACCAGGCCAGUAACAUUUUGGCCAGCUUUGGUCUGUCUGCUAGAGACUUAGAUGAACUGAGUCGUUAUCCAGAGGACAAGAUUACUCCUGAGAAUUUGCCCCAAAUCCUUCUACAGCUUAAAAGGAGGAGAACUGAAGAAGGCCCUACAUUGAGUUAUGGUAGAGAUGGCAGAUCUGCUACACGGGAGCCACCAUACAGAGUACCUAGGGAUGAUUGGGAAGAAAAAAGGCACUUUAGAAGAGAUAGUUUUGAUGAUCGUGGUCCUAGUCUCAACCCAGUGCUUGAUUAUGACCAUGGAAGUCGUUCUCAAGAAUCUGGUUAUUAUGACAGAAUGGAUUAUGAAGAUGACAGAUUAAGAGAUGGAGAAAGGUGUAGGGAUGAUUCUUUUUUUGGUGAGACCUCGCAUAACUAUCAUAAAUUUGACAGUGAGUAUGAGAGAAUGGGACGUGGUCCUGGCCCCUUACAAGAGAGAUCUCUCUUUGAGAAAAAGAGGGGCGCUCCUCCAAGUAGCAAUAUUGAAGACUUCCAUGGACUCUUACCGAAGGGUUAUCCCCAUCUGUGCUCUAUAUGUGAUUUGCCAGUUCAUUCUAAUAAGGAGUGGAGUCAACAUAUCAAUGGAGCAAGUCACAGUCGUCGAUGCCAGCUGCUUCUUGAAAUCUACCCAGAAUGGAAUCCUGACAAUGAUACAGGACACACAAUGGGUGAUCCAUUCAUGUUGCAGCAGUCUACAAACCCAGCACCAGGAAUUUUGGGACCUCCACCUCCCUCAUUUCAUCUUGGGGGACCAGCAGUUGGACCAAGAGGAAAUCUGGGUGCUGGAAAUGGGAACCUGCAAGGACCAAGACACAUGCAGAAAGGCAGAGUGGAAACUAGCCGAGUUGUUCACAUCAUGGAUUUUCAGCGAGGGAAAAACUUGAGAUAUCAACUGUUACAGCUGGUGGAACCAUUUGGAGUCAUUUCGAAUCAUCUGAUUCUAAAUAAAAUUAAUGAGGCAUUUAUUGAAAUGGCAACCACGGAAGAUGCUCAGGCUGCAGUGGAUUAUUAUACAACCACACCAGCAUUAGUAUUUGGCAAGCCAGUGAGAGUUCAUUUAUCCCAAAAGUAUAAAAGAAUAAAGAAACCUGAAGGGAAGCCAGACCAGAAGUUUGAUCAAAAGCAAGAACUUGGACGUGUGAUACAUCUCAGCAAUUUACCUCAUUCUGGCUAUUCUGACAGUGCUGUCCUCAAGCUUGCUGAGCCGUAUGGGAAAAUAAAGAAUUACAUACUGAUGAGGAUGAAAAGUCAGGCCUUUAUUGAGAUGGAGACCAGAGAAGAUGCAAUGGCAAUGGUUGACCACUGUUUGAAAAAGGCGCUUUGGUUUCAGGGGAGAUGUGUGAAAGUUGAUCUGUCUGAAAAAUAUAAAAAAUUGGUACUGAGGAUUCCUAACAGAGGCAUUGACUUACUGAAAAAAGAUAAAUCUCGAAAAAGAUCUUAUUCUCCAGAUGGCAAAGAAUCUCCAAGUGAUAAGAAAUCUAAGACUGAUGGUUCCCAGAAGACUGAAAGUACAACUGAAGGUAAAGAACAAGAAGAGAAGUCAGGUGAAGAUGGUGAAAAAGAUACAAAGGAUGACCAGGUAGAACAGGAACCUAACAUGCUUCUUGAAUCUGAAGAUGAGCUACUCGUAGAUGAAGAAGAAGCAGCAGCACUGCUAGAAAGUGGCAGUUCAGUGGGAGAUGAGACAGACCUUGCUAAUUUAGGUGAUGUGGCUUCUGAUGGGAAAAAGGAACCUUCAGACAAAGCUGUGAAAAAAGAUGCAAAUGCAAGUGCUUCAGCAGCUGCAAAGAAAAAGCUUAAAAAGCGUCGUUUCCCAGGGAGUAUGGAAGGUUUUGUCACUCUAGAUGAGGUUGGUGAUGAGGAAGAUUCGGAACUUCAGAAACUUCGUAAAUCAGGCAUGGCAUUUAAAUCUGGUGACAAAAAUGAUGAUGGUUUGGUUGAAAUUAAGGUGGACAAGAUCGAGGAACUUGAUCAAGAAAACGAAGCAGCGUUGGAAAAUGGAAUUAAAAAUGAGGAAAAUACAGAACCAGGCGCUGAAUCGGCUGAGAAUGCUGAUGAUCCCAACAAGGAUACAAGUGAAAAUGCAGAUGGCCAAAGUGAUGAAAACAAGGAGGACUAUACAAUCCCAGAUGAGUAUAGAAUUGGACCAUAUCAGCCCAAUGUUCCUGUUGGUAUAGACUAUGUGAUACCUAAAACAGGGUUUUACUGUAAGCUGUGUUCACUCUUUUAUACAAAUGAAGAAGUUGCAAAGAAUACUCAUUGCAGCAGCCUUCCUCAUUAUCAGAAAUUAAAGAAAUUUCUGAAUAAAUUGGCAGAAGAACGCAGGCAGAAGAAGGAAGCUUAAGAUGUGCAAGAAGCUUAAUGAUUUCAAAGAAAAUAAUGGUUCUUUGUUUUUAAUGUUAACCUUUUUUAAAUAUAAUACUGAUAGUUAGAAGAAAACUAUUGUACUCUUUUGUUUUAGUGGAAAAAUAAUAGAUGUCUGUUCAUGUGUUGUGUAAUAGCAAAAAUACAUACACGGUUAAGUUAAUGAAGAACUGUUUUUGUUUUAUCAGAAUGGUAACAGACAGAAGUACUUCGUAGAGACUGACUUUGUAAGCUACUUAAGACAACUUGCACCACUAAGAAAAAGAUGCAUAGAACCAUUGAGAGAAAUGAAAUUGAGUAGUUCCGAGCUUCAAAGAAAUGUCAACUUUGAUUCCAUUCAAUAAAGAACAAAACCAGUUGUAUUUUUAUUACUUUCAUCUGAAACAUUCCACAUUUUAAUCUGAGCCUUGCAGACUUUUUAUUUGGCGUUUGAAGCUUUUUUGGUUGUGUUUCAUUUUUGGAGAACUUCAUUAAUGUCAGAUUGGCAAUUAAAAUACAGGUGCAGUUUUCUUUUAAUGUCAUGCUGUUGUUUAGGUAAUAAGAUAUAUUAAGUAACUGGCUUUAGAUUUUGUAAUUUUUUCCCUAAGUUCCUGCUAGAUUUUGUAUUCUAGUAGUCAAUGUAUUUUCAGUGAAAUGUAAAAAUAUUCCCGUUCUCUUUGACCAGUAUUAAUUCCUUGAGAUCUUAUUGCUUGUCACUUGAAUCCUGUAGCUGUCAUACAUCUGGUAUAAGCAACAUUUGAUUUUUAAAGUGUGUAGACCAUCUCUUCAUAUUGUCAAGAUGUAAUUUUACAUUUCUGCAUUUUAAAAAGUUUGACCAUAAUCUAGGCGCACGCUUCUAAUUCAUAUACCUGCACAUGUGACCUUUGUGAACAGAAAUUUGCAUGUAUAAUCUGUGUUUACUUGUAACUUUCUGGUUAUGUACUGCUUAUAUCUGUGGAUUCAAGUUUCUGAAGUGAAUACCAAUAAAAAACCUAGGCCACGUUCAUUGGUUAUACAUGUUUGGAAUGUUAACCAAUAUAUUUGUCAGUUGUGUUUAUUAUUCACUGUUAAACUUUUUUGCAUGCUUUAACAAAUUACUACAUUUUUAAUCUGAAGUGUUCUAAAAACUGCUACUAAAGAUCUGAGUUUUAAAAUUUUU